AUGGAGCUGUCGUCAUACGAUGGUAAACCGUCGGAUUCGUCUGGCAAUGAUAACACAGAAAACUGUGAUGUCCACCAGGGAAUAGUCCUCCUUAUCGAGCCGUUCUAUGGUGGAUCGCACAAACAAUUAGUUGAUUUGCUCAUUAAAGAAGUACCAGGCUGCAAGUUGUACUCUUUACCUGCGAAGAAAUGGCAUUGGAGAAUGAGAACUAGUGCACUUUAUUUUUACCAGAAUAUACCGGCUGCUUGCAACAGCACGUACAAGGUGUUGUUUGCCAGCUCUGUCUUGAAUUUAGCAGAACUAAUGGCACUGAGACCAGAUCUUACUCAGUUAAAGAAAGUUCUUUACUUCCAUGAGAAUCAGCUUAUUUACCCAGUCAGGAAGCAAAAGGAAAGAGACUUUCAGUAUGGAUAUAAUCAGAUUUUGUCAUGGUGAGAGCAAUGAAAACAAUUACCAAUAGAAACUUAAAUGAAUUACAUGAAUUUUAAAAUUUCA